GGAAUCCAUCGAUAGAAUGUUUAGCGGAGAAUAUGGCAAUAAGUUUCACCACUAAGAAACCAUUUAAGGGACACGUUUAUGUUAAAGGACACUUUGAUAGAAAAAAGUGUAGGACAGACGCGACUCUAACACGCGCUGCUAAUUUAAGUAUUCCAUUCGCGAUUUGCGACGUGCAAAAGAAACGAUCAUAUUCCCCGAAAGGUUUAUUUAUGCAAACCACAGUUGUAGUAGCUUUUCAUCCGAUGUUCAUAACAAAAAUUGAUAAAUCUUACUUCGUAAAAUGCUUUUAUACAGAAAGUGAACAAAAAGUCAAAACACAACUCGAUGUUAGGUAUUAUUUGUCGCUCGAAUUUUACGAUAUUCAUUCGAUCCGCUGGAAACCAAGUUUUGAUAAGACGAUUAUCAAUAAGAAUAAUCUCCAAACGCAAAUAGUGACACAACAAAUAUUACCAACAUGUAAAUAUGAAGUACUGAAUGGUGGACCAACAGGACGACCAGUUAAUUAUGUAUAUGUUGGGCAACGAGUUUAUCACAAAUGGUCAUGCAAAAUGGGAAUUUCAGAAAAUACUAUUUAUUGCAUGACGGUUCAUUCAUGCAUUGUUAAAGAAAUAACUGGCAGAGAAGUAUGGUUACUGGAUAAAGAUGGAUGUGCGCUUGAUAAAUAUCUACUCAAUAGUCUCGAUUACACUACUGAUUUAACUGGAGGUCAAACUUCGCAGGUUUUCAAAUUUGCUGAUCAAUCUUCGUUAUUUUUUCACUGUCAAAUAAGAUUGUCAAUUAAACAAGUUCAAUGCAAUGUUUGUUGUUUCAAAAUCACCGCAUUUUAUGAAAAUAACAAGAAAAUUGGCAAAUUGCUUUUACAAUGA